AUGGCGGGAGAAAAGUCGGAGUACAAGCCGCUGAAGAUGUGGCCGAUUCCGGCGAGUUUCAAACGUUCCGCGCUCUGGUGGGGAGAUUUGGUCUGGGGUCGGGUCAAGGGCUAUCCUUACUGGCCUGGGAGAAUCGACUGUGUCAGAUUGUCCCGCUGCUUCCGGCGCAACCAACCCGAUCAUCCUGUCGAUGAAAAUACUAUGUGGCCUGUGUUCUUUUACGGAACUCACGAAAGAAUGUGGAUCCCUCAGCGAGAUAUUCAGCCCUACGCCGUCAACAGGGAAAAACACCAAGAAGGAGCGAAAAGCAAGGCAUUUCUAGGAGCACUGAAGGAGCUGGUCCAGAAUCCAAACGGCGAAUUCCCCUUCACGUCUGACGACAAAGAGGGUUUGAUUCCCUGGCUCUUGGGCGAGCAGGAAAUCGAAUGGGGUCCCUGGGACGAUUUAGCAGAAGAGAGGAAGAAGGAAGAACUGAUUCGGGUGCAAAAGCGCAUCGAAGCAAAAAAAGAGGAGGAAAAAGAAUUGGACGAGUCAUUUGAAGCGGAUCCGCUGAUCAAGUCCUUCAAAGACGCCACGCACAAAAUCGAAGAGAUGGAAGUAGGAGACAUGAUCGGUGCCAAUUAUGAUCGACCCUUUUAUGGAAUCAUAAAAGACAAGAGCGAGGCAGAUGGCAUCUUCGUUCAGUAUUAUACCCGCAAGAAAACCAGCACAAAUACCUACAUUAUCAAGAAAAAAGACACCGAUUGGGUUGACGAGAGACGUCAAGGCUACAUCUUCUUUUAUGCGAAGAAGGAAGAUGUCGAAAUUGUAUUCGAAGGGAAAACGGAAGCUUUCGCGUUGUUGAAGCACAACAACGAUGAUGUGGACUUGGAGUGGCAACGCUGGUGCAUUCACAAGAUGGCUAUGCACGGUGAAGACACCACUGCCGCUGAGAAGGAAUUGGAAACGAAGCUGCACAGAAAUGAAGGGAGAAAACGCCGCCAGACACUCGGCAAAACUGAACGAACUGAGGAUGCCCCGACCCCCGUGAAGAGAAGGAAACAAUCAUCGGACUCACGAAGGAGCAAGGCCUCCAGCAAGAGCUCGAGCAGAGCGUCUUCCAGACGAAGUUCACGCGCCGCGUCCCCUACGCCUGUCACCACUAAGUUCCAGGAAAUCGAAACCCCCUCCGUUGAAACUCACUCUAAUGGAGUCAAUGAAGAAGAGGAAGUUUUUGCCGAGAGAACGACAGAAACGGCAAGCGGUCUAGCUGGCGACGAGGCGGAGAUCGUGGAUAAUCCAGCGCAGGAAGAAGCUAUUGAAGAGCAUGCGAAAGAAAAAUCGCCUGAGAACUCUACCAAAGGAGUUAUUGAUGAACCUGUCAAAGAAGAAACCAAGAACUCUCUGGAGGAGACUGAGGAUGUUCCUACUGUUGAGUCACAGGCUGAUGGCGAAAACAAGGAGGAAGAGCCAGAAGAGAAAGACUUGCAGAGCGAGCCAGAAAAUGAGAAGACGGCGUCCGAAAAAGAGGCUCAUGCCAAUACAGUUUCGCAAGAUGGUCAAACUGCAGAGGACGAGGAUGGGUCACUCAAUGGUAGCAUGGACCUGUUUUCUUCAGAAGAUGUCAAACAAGAGCCAACUCCCGCCGACGAGCCUAUUUCCUCCACCGACCAGCCAAGAGCGGUGCUCUCGUUUGACCAGAGCGAAAACGAGCCAAUGGAUGCGGCAUACGACGUCGACAUUACAAACAAAGAUCAUCCUCUUUUCCUCUCUUCUGACAGUCAAUCUUCUCAGGGAAGUCAAGACAGUCAAUCUUCUAUCCCUUCUCUUGAAGACGUACCAGCCGACUUUCCCUAA